AUGGAUACAUUAGAAUGCAUUGAUGGCAAAGAUAUUAUGAAGGAGAGAUUUAGAAGAAAAAUUUGUCAAGACAUAUAUUAUAUAUUGAUGCUUAAUCGAUAUUUCAAAGUGGUAGCUUAUACUUUCCACAAUAAAGCUAAUGAGCUCAAAUUGGAAAUACCAUUUGUUACAACUACUGAUGAUAGACCUAUAGGAUUGAUACUUACGCCAAAUGAAAUAGAGCAAUUGCUUGCAUUGGAGCUGAUUAACUACAACGAUUACUUGUUGGGUUUAUUAAGGCUCAUUGAACUUAUGGCCGACUACACGAGUGAAACAAUUAUACAAGUCUCGAUCAGUCCUAGUGUUUCCAACGAAACUAAGAGCAGACAAUAUUCCGUAAGUUUGCUUAAUUUGCAGCUGAUAACAAAGCUUCAAAGUGGGUUUCAAAUGCUAGACCUCAAGAAUGAUACAAUCAGAAGAAAAUACGACGGAUUGAAGUACAACUUGAAGAAAGUUAGCGGUAUUGUUUAUGAUCUUUCUUUGAGAAACUUAAUAAAGAAUGACGUAGAAUUGUAUUAG